AUGGCACAACGCUUCCUCACUUUGGAGGCAGCAAUUGACCUUUUGUUCAGCCUUCCCGAUGACGAACGCGAAGUCUCUCUGGAUGCCCGGCCCGUGCUUAUUCCGAUUCUGUCGUCAGUGAUCUGCUUUCCAAUUGUGGCCCUGGCUGUGAUCUGUGCACUGCGCUACCGGGCACUCAGACUGCGUCGCAAGGAACAUCUAAGGAGGCUUCGGGGAGGAGGGAUGCGGGCGGCACGGCUGGAGAUCCCUGGUAGGCGAAGUGAGAGGCCUUCUUUCUUUUCACGUGACUCUUCAUCUGGAGACACAAGCUCUCGGCCUCCAAACAAUAUCGAAGCAGACCCGCGAACUACUGGACCUGUGGCCUCGUCUUCAUCGUCUUCAUCAGGAGACAACUACGAAGACGAGUUGGAGUUCACUCGUGAGUUGGCGUCCAGUAAGCGGAAGUCUCUGGCCGGAAGCGGGUCUCGUCGAAACAGCCGUGUUACUUUCGGUGCUGCGGCGGCCAUCUUGCAGGUUCCCGGCCUUCCCAGCCCACUGUCCGGCUCGCCCAAAUCUGGGUCACCACAUUCAGCUUCACCGCGUUCAUGCUCACCUCGCUCAAGCCUGUACCCUCGCUCUGGCUCAGUUAGCUUCUACGCCGAGCCGAGCUUCAUCCUGGACGUAGUGAAUGACUACGACGAUGACGCAGAUGACGAGGACGACUUGGAGGCUACCGACUGUGGUGCGGAUGCAAGGUAGCCGCGGCGAGGCGGCGCCGAUACCACCGCCGCCUGCUUUGUGGUGCUGCCCCGUUCAGGGUCGUCUCGAAUUGAAACUGCUUUUUCGUCCAGCAGCGGGAUGCUGGAGACGCUGCUUUGACCAUGCCUCCUAGGAACAGUGCAGCGUCUUGCAGUGCAAAAAAAAAGUGCUGUGCAAGCACGAUUGGAGCAACGUUUGGGACACAGAAAAAAGGGGAAAGUGCGUGUAACGCUUUUAAGCGACAAGGUUUAGUAGUAAUGCAGAGCCCAACAAUGUUCGAGCAUAUUAAUAAAUGUUCGGCUAAACAACAACAUA